AUGUUCUAUCGAGGUUUUCUAUCCUUAGUAGUUUCCUGUGAUUCGCACCAAGUCGAACAGUUCAACCAGCAGCUUCGGCGUAUAUGUACUAGCGUAGUUUAUGGCCCACGAAACGAACUCUCCACCCUAUCUGGCUUGCUUGUAACUGACCUCCUUAGUCACCAGAAUAUUCGGGAAGAACAGGAUGAUUGGUACUGCUACCUAUUCCGUAUAAGGUAAUCUAAUUUGUUUUUUUUUCUUAAAUCAGUAUACUAACAUCAUGUACUAGGACGUUAACCUUUUUGUUUUAAAGUUUCUCAUUCUAUUAACUUCAGUAUGAAUGACAUCUUGCCUGCUACCAGAACUCCGCCGGAACUCACCCCUCGAAGCACAGCGACUUCAUUGGAGUACUAA